AUGAUUGAGAGGUGGCAUAGAACGAUCAAAGCCGCCAUCAUGUGUCACGAGACCAGUGACUGGUAUGACAUCCUUCCUACAGUGCUGUUAGGUUUAAGAACAACAAUCAAGAAUGACCUUCAGUGUUCUUCAGCUGAGCUGACUUACGGAACACAACGACGAGUCCUAGGGGAAUUUUUCUUUGCGAACGACGAGCCAGAAGUCGACCCUAACAAUUUCGUCGACAAAUUGAGACUCCAGAUGCAUAUCCGAGGAACACAAGCAAGCCACCAUGGCCACCACGAGACUUUUGUUCACCCAGAGCUGUUGGACUGUUCUUACAUCUUUCUCAGACAUGACUCAGAAAGCCGUUACAACCACCAUACACCGGAUGUAUUACGACGUACCGACAAGGUGAUAGUCAGAAACGGAAGGAAAACUACAGUGAGUCUGGACCGAGUAAAACCGGCUUUCAUAUCAGCAGAGUCCUGCACUCCGAUACAUGUGCGGCCCCCAACGCAGCAGGGCCGGACAACACCUGUGUUGACGAGCACCACCACGAGGUCAGAAAGAACGGCUACUGGGAGGGAAGUACUGCGGACGCCUGGAAGUAGGCAACCACUUAUACACCUCAAGCGCAGCCACCUGAAUUUCCAAGGCGCAAGUCUAAGGAGAAAAUGCCAUGGUCAAAAAGUAGCGCUGUAG